AGGUAUUUUAAGAGUUACCGCAGUCACCAGCCACGUCUAAGGAAAAAUGGGACGCUCCUCCAAAGACAAACGUGAUAUUUACUACCGUCUGGCCAAGGAAGAAGGGUGGCGAGCUCGUAGUGCAUUCAAACUUCUGCAGCUGGAUGAAGAAUACCACUUAUUUAAAGGUGUCUCCCGGGCUGUAGAUCUUUGUGCAGCACCUGGUAGCUGGAGUCAAGUUCUCAGCCGAAAGCUCAAAGGAGAAGAUCCCCAAAAUGCAGAUAUCAAAAUAGUGGCAGUAGAUUUGCAAGCCAUGGCUCCAUUGCCAGGAGUCAUUCAAAUCCAAGGGGACAUCACCAAGGUUUCAACAGCUCAGGAAAUCAUUCAUCAUUUUGAGGGGCAACCAGCUGAUCUGGUUGUGUGUGAUGGAGCCCCUGAUGUGACUGGACUCCAUGAUAUAGAUGAGUACAUCCAAGCCCAACUGUUGCUUGCUGCCUUGAACAUUACUACGCAUGUCUUAAAGAAAGGGGGGACAUUUGUAGCUAAGAUAUUCCGAGGGAAGGAUGUCACUCUUCUCUAUUCCCAGUUGAAUAUAUUCUUCCCUGAUGUGACAUGUGCCAAACCCCGAAGUAGUCGCAACUCUAGCAUUGAAGCCUUUGCUGUUUGCCGAAACUAUAGUCCCCCUGAAGGUUAUGUGCCAAACAUGUCUAAUCCCCUAUUGGAUCAUUGUUAUGAUGUGGAUUUUAAUCAGCUGGAGGGUCCCAAUCGGGUUAUUGUCCCUUUCCUGGCUUGUGGCGAUCUGAGUGCUUACGAUUCCGAUCGGACCUACCCGCUACAGCUGGAUCCUGAGAAGGAGUAUACCUACGUGCCCCCGACCCAGCCGCCUAUCCGUCCUGCCUACGAAGAAGCCUGCUUCUUAAAGAAACACAACCUCCUUACCAAGGAACAAGGGCCCCACCCUCAGCUUUCAGUGCCGGGGGCUUCAAAUUUUCCUCCAGAGACUGAGGUCGUAGAUGCCCUGGAGGAACUGUCAGUGUAACACAAUCACAGGACUCGGGGAGAGGAAAAAUAUGACCCUGUGCCAGGUCGAAAGACUACAUUUUAUCUUCUGCAGGAGCAAAGAUAGAAAAGAUGAGCUUGUCUGGAGAGUUGGACCUUUGAGGAUGCUUGUUCUCAGGGCACAUUAGUACUACAACAGGCCUUCGGAGUCAUACUGAAAUGCAAAAGAACUUUGCCCUUCCAAUAUAUACACAUAAUCCUAGACAACCUGGCUAUCCAGCAGCAGACUUCAGAAGGAGGCUGCAUAUAACAAGAGAUUUGGCCAGGGCUGUUGUGUUAGACAACCUGGCUGUUACAGAGCAGCUUGAGAGUCUUGUCUCUUUCAUCCCCACUUCCUGCCUUUUCCAAAGGUGAGAACUUGUAAUGGUUGAAAUCAUGGUCACUUCUCCUUCGUCCCUUUUUUCAG